GGGGGACACAUUUCUUCGGUGGAGCCUUUCCCAGUGACAGUGAGAAAUGGGUGACUGGAGUUUCUUGGGGAACAUUUUAGAGCAGGUGAAUGAGCAAUCCACGGUCAUCGGGAGAGUCUGGCUCACAGUGCUCUUCAUUUUCCGCAUCCUGAUCCUGGGAACGGCUGCCGAACUAGUGUGGGGAGAUGAACAGUCAGACUUUGUGUGCAACACCCAGCAACCUGGUUGCGAGAACGUCUGCUAUGAUGAGGCCUUUCCCAUCUCCCACAUCCGACUCUGGGUCCUGCAGAUCAUUUUUGUAUCCACACCUUCCCUGGUGUACUUUGGGCACGCGGUGCACCAUGUCCGCAUGGAGGAGAAAAGGAAGGAGAGGGAGGAAGCUGAGAGGCGCCAACAAGCCGAGGUGGAUGAAGAGAAGCUGCCCCUAGCUCCAAACCAAAACAAAGGCAACAACCCCGAUGCGACCAAGAAGUUUCGCCUGGAGGGGACCCUCCUGAGAACCUACAUCUUGCACAUCAUUUUCAAAACCCUCUUUGAGGUGGGAUUCAUAGUAGGCCAGUACUUUCUGUACGGUUUCCGGAUUCUCCCCCUCUACCGCUGCGGGCGGUGGCCCUGCCCCAAUCUUGUGGACUGCUUUGUGUCCAGACCUACGGAGAAGACCAUCUUUAUUAUGUUCAUGCUGGUGGUGGCUGCUGUGUCCCUAUUCCUUAACCUGGUGGAGAUAAGUCACUUAAUCAUGAAAAGGAUUCGGAGAGCUCUGAGAAGGCCAGCAGAGGAGCUGAGAGAGGUGCCAGAGAAACCCCUCCCUGCCAUCACAGUUCCCUCCAUCCCGAAGACCAAAGGCUACAAGCUGUUGGAGGAGGAGAAGCCAGUGUCCCACUAUUUCCCGCUCACAGAAGUGGGAGUAGAGCCCAGUCCCCUGCCAUCAGCCUUCAAUGAGUUUGAGGAGAAGAUCGGGAUGGGGCCGUUGGAAGAUCUCUCUAGGGCAUUUGAUGAAAGGCUACCAUCCUACGCGCAAGCGAAGGAGCCAGAAGAGGAAAAGGUGAGAGCAGAGGAGGAGGAAGAGCAGGAAGAGGAGCAGCCGGCACCCCAGGAAGAGCCAGGGGUGAAGAAAGCAGAGGAGGAGGUGGUAGGCGAUGAAGUGGAGGGGCCUUCAGCACCUGCCACUGAUAUGAGACCUCUCAGCAGGCUAAGUAAAGCCAGCAGCCGGGCCAGGUCAGACGAUUUGACUGUAUGA